AUGGCCGAUGAUGAAGAUAAACCAAAGAAGCACACGCUGGACUCUCUGUUCGCGGUGUAUUGCAACUUCCAGGUUAUACCUACGGAUAUAGAAAACGAGGUGUUCGACAGCAUACUCCUCUCACAACUGGAUGCUUGGCUAGAGCAGGCCAAACUUAUGCCAAAUCCUAUUACACGAACCCAAACGGGUCUCAUCUACAUGCGAUACAAAAAAUGGCGCUUAGAAUACGAAGACUUUCUGGAGGUUCUAAAUAGCUUAGCCUCUGAUAACGAUAUACUUAUAGAUGACAUGAAGCAGGUAAUGAUUGAUGCUGGAAUCCCGAAUGGUGCCGAUGUGGUCAUAGCCGUCAAAUAGAUGUUCUAGUGCAUCGCUGCAGUUUAUUUAUUUACAUACAAAAAGACAAACAACAAUUAAAUUUUCGACAGUAACAUUACAUAAAGAUAAAUAAUUUUGAUUAGUUAAAUUGUUUACAAAAAUUAUAGCAUAGUAUAAAAGCGUCCAACAAAAGCCUCUUAUCCCAAUAGGUUAAUUAAAGUUAGUUUAACAUUUAGAAAAUUCUAAUUUUGAUGAAGA